GAUAAUAGGAUCACCAAAAGCAAAAUCGUUUAAUUGUAAAGCAGAAAAAGGGACACUGGGAAAAGCAAUUACCACCAUUCAAUUGGUCACUGUUGUCUCAGCCCUAUAAUGAUAUACAUAUGUAAUUGCUGGAGGCAUGUGGGGUCUGUCGCCCACUCAAUUAAAGGCUCUAUAAAGGGUAAUCCUGUUAUUAAACACGGGCCAGCUGGCCUGGUGUCGUCCUCUCAAAACAAUAAUUAAGCAAUUAGCGUAGCGUAACCAAAUCGAAGGGUAUAAAGGAGGGCAGCUCUGGCAGGACAUUGCAUAUAGCCUAGAGUCAUGUAUCCGCGAUUCCUAGACCGCAACUAUCCGCUGGAGAAGCACCUGUUCUUCGUGACCAGGUACUCGUUUGGCCGUCUGGGUCUUAGAUUCGGAGAGGCGAAGUCGCAGUCCUGGAUCUCCUUGGCCUGGCUGGUGUUCAACUUUGUGAACCUGGCCCACUGCUGCCAGGCGGAGCUCGUGUUCGGCUGGCACUAUCUGCGGAUUAGUCCCGUGGACGCCAUGGAUGCCUUCUGCCCGCUGGCCUGCAGCCUGACGACCCUCUUCAAGCUGGGCUGGAUGUGGUGGCGCCGUCAGGAAGUGUCCGCCCUGAUGGAGCGCAUCCGAUUGCUCACCGAGGAGCAGGCUGGACGAGGCAAUCGCCGAUCAAAUGGGGCGCGAAGGAGCUACUACCUCAUGGCCACUCGCUUUGGGAUGCUCGUCUUCACCCUGGGCAGUAUCACGACCUGUGCCUUCGUCCUGCGCUCCCUGUGGGAGAUGCGGGCGCGGGGCCUGGCCGACUUUAAGUUUGAUAUGCCCUUCCGCAUGCUGUUCCCGGAGUUCGCCCAUCGGAUGCCCUGGUUUCCGCUGUUCUAUCUGUACUCCACCUGGAGCGGACAGGUGACCGUCUUCUCCUUCGCCGGCACCGAUGGCUUCUUCUUCGGUUUCACCCUCUAUAUAGCCUUCCUACUGCGGGUCCUCCAACUGGACUUGAGCGAUUCGCUCCAGCUGGUUAAAAAUCCCAGCCCCAGGGACUGCGAUCUGUGCUGUCGGCGCCUGGCCAACAUUGUCGAUCGACAUAAUGAGAUUGCGCUGAUUGUCCGCCGCUUCUCAGGGAUCAUGGCGGCCCCGGCCUUUGUGCACUUUGUUUCGGCCAGCUUGGUGAUAGCCACCAGUGUCAUAGACAUACUCCUGUAUUCCGGCUACAAUAUCAUCCGCUAUGUUGUGUACCUGUUCACGGUCUGCUCGGCCAUUUUCCUCUACUGCUAUGGCGGCACUGAGAUGUCCACUGAGAGCCUCUCCGUGGGCGAGGCGGCCUACGGCAGUGCCUGGUACGCUUGGGAUCGGGAGACGCGUAGACGAGUCUACUUGAUUAUCCUACGCGCCCAGCGACCCAUCACCGUUGGAGUGCCCUUCUUUACGCCUUGCCUGCCGGUCUUUACUGCGGUCAUCAAAUUUACAGGCUCCAUUGUGGCGCUGGCCAAGACCAUCUUGUAG